CCCUCCUAUAAAAGCCGCCCGCCUCCGUCUCUCCCCCGCACUCCAUCGCCUCGCCGCCGUUCCCCGCAACCUGUCUAUCGACCCAAUCUCACAUCAACCGACGCCUCGUCCUCCUCUCCAGAUCAGAUCCCUGCCCGAGCUGGUAGCAGCAACCAACUGUUCUGCUGCUGCAGCCUUCUUCGCCGCCAAAAGGAAAAGAUGCUCUAUGAAAUCCACUCCCAUGCCCAAAUCCAAGACCUGCAGGCCCGCUCCGAUGAGCUGGGCCACUCCAAUGAGCACAUGGAUGUGAAGCUUGUCUCUCUGGAGUCGGUGCGCAUAGCGCGCGAGUCGUAUGCACUCCUCUGGCCGCUGACCAAGGAGCCGAUGUCCUGGGCAUGCCUGGAGCUGGAUUCCCUCUCGGUCGUGGCAACCUUGUCGCUGGAAAUCCAAAAGCUCGAGCAUGAUGUGUUACCCCAGCUCAUGGUUCAGGAGUCCAAGCUGGAACGGGGCGCCCUGGAAGCCCUCCUAGUCAUGCAGAACUCAGCAAUUAAGCUCUUACAUCUGGCGAAGUGCUUUAAGGAAUCCUUGGGCAUAUUGCAGGAUCUGGUCUCAUGCCGAGCCGAAGAUGUGAGCAUAAUGUUAAAUGAUAUUGUUCUUCAUGUACUCCGAGGUAACAUUUCCUGGCUUCAGGCGCGUCUCCCGGUGCUGGCCGGGCUGGUCACCAUUAUGUUGGAGACCCCGGUUCGUUUCUGUGAUUCUGAUGAGUAGACCUAUCAGCCAGCUCGAGGCUGUUGUGAAGAGUAUUUCUUAGGGGCGUGGCAAACAGUUUAGAAUCAAAUGUUGCGAUGUAUUUCUUGGACCCUCCUUUAUGUUUGGAUGUGUUAUUAAUGGAUUUUAAAUGAUAUGUAUCUUGGGUAGUGUUUUCUCA